AUGCCUGGUGAAUUAUGGCAUGCUCCAGAAGCAAAUUUUUAUUUUCGUAUCAAUAAAUUUUUUCCAACUAUUGAACGUAUAUAUAAACAUGAACGUUAUUUUAAUUGUAUAACAAUUCGUGCACAUAAUGGUAAAAUAAUGUAUUAUAUUUUAUCAAAUAGUUAUCAAACAAUAUCUAUUGAUAAAUGUAAUUUUCAAUGGGAAUUAGAAGAAAAUACAAUACAACUUCUUAAAAUGAUUAAUAAUAUAUGUAUACGUAAAGAAAAAGAAUUA